CGUUCAUUGUUCUCUCUCCUCCGGCCUUUGAUGCACACACGUUGUCACAUUCCAUCGACUCUCCUCUCUCCUCUUUUCUUACACGCAAGCCGAGCGCUGCCUUCGCCAGGCAGCAGCAGCCUCUCCUGCGAGUUUGAGGCAUGUGUACAGCUCAGUUUGAUGGAGCGUUCCUUUUCUGCCUUUUCACUCUUACAAAAGAUUAAAAGGUGGCGUCACAUUGCUCCCCUGUUCUUUCCCGCAGGAGGGACUUAAAAGGGACAACAAAAACUAAUCACUUUCAAUAAGCAUUUUCUUGCUGGAAAAAAAAAAAAAGAAAAAGAAAGAAAGAAAAAAAGAGAGAGAAAGGCGGGGGGUGGACUUAGCGGUGUAAUUUGAGACCGGUGGUGAGGAUUGGAGCGAGCUAGAGAUGCUGCACGCUGCUAACAAGGGAAGGAAGCCUUCAGCUGAGGCAGGUCGUCCCAUUCCACCUACAUCCUCGUCUAGCCUCCUCCCAUCUGCUCAGCUGCCUAGCUCCCAUAAUCCUCCACCAGUUAGCUGCCAGAUGCCAUUGCUAGACAGCAAUACCUCCCAUCAAAUCAUGGACACCAACCCUGAUGAGGAAUUCUCCCCCAAUUCAUACCUGCUAAGAGCAUGCUCAGGGCCCCAGCAAGCCUCCAGCAGUGGCCCUCCAAACCACCACAGCCAGUCGACACUGAGGCCCCCUCUGCCACCCCCUCACAACCACACACUGUCCCACCACCACUCAUCUGCCAACUCGCUCAACAGGAACUCGCUGACCAAUCGGCGGAGUCAGAUCCACGCCCCGGCUCCUGCCCCCAAUGACCUGGCCACCACGCCAGAGUCCGUUCAGCUUCAGGACAGCUGGGUGCUAAACAGCAACGUGCCACUGGAGACCCGGCACUUCCUCUUUAAGACCUCCUCGGGAAGCACCCCCCUGUUUAGCAGCUCUUCUCCGGGAUACCCUUUGACCUCAGGAACCGUUUACACACCACCGCCCCGCCUGCUGCCCAGGAAUACCUUCUCCAGGAAGGCCUUCAAGCUGAAGAAGCCCUCCAAAUACUGCAGCUGGAAAUGUGCUGCCCUCUCCGCCAUUGCCGCGGCCCUCCUCUUGGCUAUUUUACUGGCAUAUUUCAUAGGUAAGUCAGGGCAGCCUUGUUUGCCAAUCCUUGUUGUGAGAAGGUGGGGGAAGGCCAUGGACUUGUAAAUUUAGAGGCCCUUUGUUGUCUGUACAAUUUGCUUGUUGGCUCCUAAAAGAUAUAAUAAUGAGUGAUGGAUGGGAGUGAUUUUUCCCUCCUAAAAUCCACUUAAAUCU